UAAUUAUAUGCUAUGAAUGUAUUAUAAUUUUGACCUUCAGAACACCCUUUUGCACGAUGUGGACAUUCCCACGAAGAAGGCGACUUUCGGUAUGGGCUGCUUCUGGUCAAACGAUUCUCUUUUCGGCGCCACGCUCGGUGUGAUACGCACUCGUGUGGGAUACGCCGGUGGCACGACCAAGAAUCCGCAUUACAGAAGCAUCGGGGACCACACAGAAGUUAUAGAGAUCGAUUAUGAUCCGAAAACUGUUACCUAUGAGGAGCUUCUCGAAAUGUUCUGGGCCAACCACGAGUACGGACUAACCACCAAAUUAAAGAGACAGUAUCAGUCAAUGAUUAUGUACCACGAUGAUGAACAACGUUUAGUGGCUGAAGCCUCGCACAGAGCCGUGCAGAGCCGCUGUAACGAGACCUUACGCACUGAGAUAGCGAAGGCUGACGUUUUCUAUCCAGCUGAAGACUACCAUCAAAAAUACAGACUUCAAGGCCAUAAAGACUUCUGCCGCAGUAUCGGGCUCGAUUCCUCGAAGCUACAGACUUCUCAUUUGGCCGCCAGACUCAACGGCUACCUAGUCGGUGUUGGAGGAAUGAAUCAAUUCGACCAGGAACUACCGAAACUAGGCCUGAACGAGAAACAAGCUGAAUAUGUGAGAAGGGAGCUUGAACGCAACGAAGGCGGCGGUCUGGCUUGCUAAUGAGAUUACGAAACAUGUGUAAAAAAAAAAGAAAAUGCUGUAACUAAUAAAUAUUACAAAGACAUAUUCUUAAAAUCUAGUAUUACGCCUAUUUCGUUAAUGUUUAAUUCCAAAAAAAAAUACCUAUAUCAAAUAAAAAUAACUAUUAUUAAAUUUGAUGCAUGUUUGGAUAACACAAAAAAUCAUACACCGCAAAUCGUAUUCUAAUAUUAAGCUGAUAAUAAUUUUAAUAACACUAUUUAGUGAUCAGCGCCUGAAAAUAUUAACAUUUCUGGACACAGAGAAAUAUUUUCUAUUGGUUUUACGACUGGCGCAUUUUUUAACUACCGAUUCUUAUUAUUUUUCAUCAAAAGUAUCUCAACCUAUGUAUUAUAGUUGCAAAUAAUUAACUAUUAGAUCAACAAGAAAACCUCACAUUAAUAAUCCAAUUUCACCAAAUUAUUAUUAAUUUAUUAUUAUUAUUAUUCUUAGUAACACCAACAUAACUCGAAACAUCUCUUACUCCAUAUGAAGCACUAACUUGUUACUUUAAUAUAUGUUUCAAUGUAAAAUAUAAGACUUAUUUUAAAUAUACCAUUAUUAUAUGAA